GGAGUGUUCCGUGCCAGACCAAUGAACAGCGCCUCCUUAUCAACCUGGCCACACACAUAUAAACCGAGCACCGGUUCCGUCCACGGUGCAGAAAGGGUCCGGCCAAACCGAACUUCCUAUAAACUUCUCUACGUAACCAUACAAUUCCUCUCUCUCUCUCUCCUUCCCCAUCCAUCUAACCGUCGCACGCAAAUCGUCGCGCUCGGCUUAACUAACGCUCCUUUUUAUUACUUAACAACAAACGUUGCCGGGACUUACGACAGACGUUGGAGGCUCCUUCCGCUCGGUGCGUCUCGCGUCGUGUGCCGCAACCAGCGGCCAGCCAACUGUCAGCGGAAGGCCGAGGCGCGAUCGCUCGUUAUAACGCUGCCGUGCUCGUUCGUUAAAGUGGCGCUCCACGCGCGUAUCAGUCGGUCGGUCGAUCGUCGUACGAUUCAGCCGCGUGCACGGCCUAGCGCAACAGCCUAAACCGCGGCUGGACGAAGGAGGAGAAGAAGGAAGAAAGAAGCAGCGCAUUGUUUCCCGCGCGGGAAUAAACACGGAUCGAAACACGGGGGCAUCUGUCUCGUCGUCUCGCGUUUAGUUGGCAACCCACCUCGGAAAGGGAGGAAACGAGGAGGAUGAUGCCAGGACUUUUCGCGUUUCUCGGCGUCGCUCUGAUCGCCUCCUUGACCGAUGCCGCCUCCAUCAGACGUGCCAACCGCAAGGCCAUGGACUGCUAUAGCGAGAUCUAUUGCACGGGAGAGCUGCUGAAGACGAUACAGCUGGCUGAAAUCUUCCCAGACAGCAAGACGUUCGUCGAUCUUCAUCAGAUGAACGACCCCGAAAUAACUCUCUCCAACUUCUACAGUUUGAUGAAUGAAACGGGGAACAAACCGAGUAAAAGUCAGCUGGCGAGAUAUGUUAAUGAAAAUUUCGCCUCGUCGAACGAGCUCGUGAACUGGACGCUGCCAGAUUGGACGGAGAGCCCUUCGAUCUUGAAACGGAUCAACGAGGCCAAGUAUCGCGAGUGGGCGAAACAUCUGAACGAAAUUUGGAAGGAAUUGGCGAGGAAGAUCAAUCCAGAGGUGGCCGAGUAUCCUGAGAGGCAUAGUUUGAUAUACGUGGACAAUGGAUUCAUCGUUCCUGGCGGUCGGUUCAAAGAAUUUUAUUACUGGGACAGUUACUGGGUGAUUGAAGGUCUGCUGUUAUCCGACAUGUAUCAAACUGCCAGGGGAAUGAUAGACAAUUUCUUAUACAUGGUGAAGAAAUAUGGUUUCAUACCCAAUGGUGGCAGAAUUUAUUACCUUAUGAGAAGCCAGCCACCUCUAUUACAUCUGAUGGUCUCAAGAUAUUUGGACUUCACUGGGGAUUACGAUUAUUUACGUUCGAUUAUAUCCACUCUGGAAACUGAAUUUUCUUUCUGGCAGCGAGAGAAGAUGAUCGACGUUGAGAAGGAUGGAAAAAUAUAUAAAAUGGCGCAUUACGUGGUUAAUAGUACCAGUCCUCGACCAGAAAGUUACAGAGAGGAUUAUCUGAUGGCGCAGCGGAUUCCCGAAAAAUCACGGGAUUUCUUUUACAAUAAUAUAAAGGCGGGCGCCGAAAGUGGCUGGGAUUUUUCCAACAGGUGGUUCAUACGAAACAACAAUAGCAGUACGCUCAGUUUAUACAAUAUCUCCACGCAAUACAUAAUACCUGUCGACCUUAAUGCGAUUCUGCAACAAAAUGCCCGGCUCCUCGGCGAAUUUCACACUCUGCUCGGGAACAAUGCGAAAUCUCAGUAUUAUCAGAAGAUAGCAUCACAACUUCAAACGGCCAUAGACAAUAUUCUGUGGAACGAAGCUGAUGGAAUAUGGCUGGAUUACGAUCUGAAGAACCAGAGGCCUAGGCAUAUGUUCUACCCUUCGAAUCUUGCUCCACUUUACACCAAAAGUUAUAAUCGUGGUCAACGUGAAUAUUAUGGCGCAGCUACUCUGAGAUAUCUAAAAUCGCAGAAUAUCGACAACUUCUUUGGAGGUACACCCACGUCGCUAAAUCAUACGGGGGAACAAUGGGAUUUUCCAAACGCGUGGCCACCGUUACAAUCGUUUAUCGUAAUGGGCCUCCACUGGACUGGGGUUAGGGAAGCAAUGGAUUUCGCCCAUGAACUGGCGUUUAGAUGGCUUGCUGCUAAUUACGCUGGUUAUAAGGAAACCGGGCAAAUGUUUGAGAAGUACGAUUCGAUCGUGCCCGGCCAAGGCGGUGGCGGAGGGGAAUACAACGUGCAGACAGGGUUCGGAUGGACUAACGGGGUGGUCUUAGAGUUCCUCAACACCUUCUCGAGCAUCAAGGUGAGGGAGGUUGGAUACGAGGACGACUUAACCGAGGUUGAACAAUAACAGGUUUCAUUGGUGAUAAUGCAACGUGUAUUUUCCAACGAUUCUAGUCCACACGGAAAUACAGGGCAGCGCGUUUUAUAAAACCCACCGUUUGUUCGAUGCAAGUCUAUGUAUAUUUUCAGCAAAAUUUAUCGAAAUAAUUCUAAAUGAAUAAUUAGAAAUGCGAAUAAUUAAAAAUAGAUAUGCUUUUAUCUUGAAGCAAAUAUAAGAAAAAGAAAUUUCAAUCAAACAUUUUUAUCAGUUACUUAUAUUGAUAUACAAAAGGAAAAAAAAAUAAUUAAUAAUAACUAUUAAAUAUAUUAUUUAUUUUCAGUUUUCUUAAAACUUGAAUGCAUUAUAAAGUUUAACAAAUUGUUACUAAUUUAUUAAAAUAAUUAUGAUUCUUUUUUAUUUUAAAUCAUCAAGUGAAUUUUCAUAUAAAAUAUUAUCAUAUGAAUAUUAUUUUUCAUAAUAAUCAAAAUUAUGCAUUGAGAUAUAAAUUUGGAAGAAUUAUGAGUGUCAAUCAAUAUUUUUUUAAUCGAACACAAACGAGUGUACAAGACAUGGAUGCAAAAAGGUAUAAUAAUUGCGUGUGCAACUUCAUCAGUAUUUUAAUUUAAUAUUGUUAUGAUAAGUAGGUUAUAUUCUAGAAAAUUAGCAUAUCAGUUUCUUGGUCGUUUCUCAUGGAGAAUGGUGACAAACUUCCAAUAUUUUACUUUAACCCCUUGACUUAUGAUUUUUUUUCUUUUUUUUUUUUUUUCUUUUUGAAACUAUAAAAAGCAGCAAAUUUUUGCUAUUAUAACACGUUCGUACCUAAAAAUUCUAGAUCGCUCGUUAUAAAUGUAUAAUAUUAUAUAUAUAUAUAUUUUUUGCGUCCUUUUGUACUAUGGUAUAAUUUGUGACUUGAAAAAUUGUAAUAUUGUAACAUAAUAAUAAUAUUUUUAUUAUAUUAUUAUUAAUUAUAUUAUAUCAUAUAAUAUAUGUUGAAAUAUAAUAUAUUAAUAUUAUUUUAUAAUUUAUUAUUAUUAUUGUUGAAAAUUUUUUUAUUUAAAUUUUACAAGUCACACUUAGGAAUGUAAUUUUAAAGAUUGUAAGAUAAGGGAUUAAACUGCGUAUAACAAAUGUAUAUAAGAAUGAAUUAUUUUAUGAUACAAUAAGAAUCGAUUUAAUUAAAAAUUAAGAAAUAUUGUUACAGAGAAAUUGAUAUAUAUAUAAAUAUAUUUUUAAUAACAAUAUUUUAGGGAGGAGCUGUUGUUAAUUAGAAAAAAAUAUUAGAUAAAUGGUAUGUAAAAAGAAUAAAAAAAGAAAAGAAAUCAA